AUGCAAUCUGCAUUUCAUAUGCCUGUAAGACAGGAUUUGAUUUCUCAGAAUGAUAUCUCUGGAUCCUUGAUCCAAAAUAACCAUCAAUACUCUAAUGUUAAUUUACUUAGUGUUGCAGCAUCAGUUGCUGCAUCAUUACCAUUUAAACCUGAUGGUGUUAGCUAUACUAAGCGUGUACCUAAUUGUCAAAAAUGUGGUCAACAUGGAAUUAAAAGUCGUCUUAAAGGUCAUAAAAGAGUUUGCCGUUUUAAAGACUGUAAUUGUCCUAAAUGUCAAGUUGUUACAGAACGCCAAAAAUUAAUGGCAGAUCAAAUUAAAAUAAGACGAAGACAAAGAAAAGAUACAAUUUUGAAUCUUACCCGUGAAAAAAUAACUCAAUCAUUAAAUGCUGUUGCUGCAAUUACAAAUGCUUCAGCACAAUUCCCAUAUGUUAAUGGGUUAAAUUUACUUUGCCAAAAAAUUAAUCAACCAACAACUGUUAAUCAACUUCUUCAAGCUCAAUCUAAUUCAUUGGCUAAUUCAUUAAAUUAUUCAAAUCAACAAAAUUCCCUUUCAUACCUCUCUGCAGCUGUCGCUGCUGCUGCCGGUCAUCAACAAGCAAGUGAUCUUUUAAAGAUUCAAGCUGCUACAAAUGUACCAAACAUAUCUACUGCUAAUAUUCAAGCAACUAUUGGUACAUUAUCAUGUGGUAAUACUAGUUCUGGAUCUCCUAUUCAAACAAACAUCUCAACUCCAUUGCCAUUGAUUUUAACAACAAAUGGAAAUACUUCUCCUACAUCUUCAAACACUACCUCUAUUGGAACGAUGCCAUCAUCUCCAGGAACAAUUACAGCAACCUCACCAACAUCCUCAUCUGUAUCAUCUGGUACAAGCUCUAGUGAUGAAAAUACACCUAUUGCUGCACCUAUUGCUAUUAAUCCAUCAUCUGGUAUAAAUAUUGCAACAUCAUUACCUAAUCCAUUAACAACUAUUUCAACAACAACUCAACAACCAACAAAUGAACAACUUUAUUCAUUUUUGGCUAAUUUUAAACUUUUUGACCAACAAAAUCUUGUUGGAGGAAAUACUACUAAUAAUAUUAGUGGUCUUACAAUUCCAGCUGAAUUUCUUUGUGGAACACAACAAUCUAUUAUUCAGAAAGAUGACAAUUUUGUAGCUACAGUUGCUGCUGCUAUAGCAGCUUCACAAGUAUCACGAACAAUUGAAUCUCCUAUAAAAGUAGAAGAAGGGACUUCUGUGAAUAAUAAUAAAAACACAUUUAUUGACGUUUGCUCUGUAUAA